AUGGGUGGUUUGCCGGAGACAAUUCUAUUGGACGAUGAGAGAGAGUUCUUGAAAGGGCGUAAUGGAGACAAUAACGUGGCUGCUGUGGAGGUGAGGUUGAUUGACCCAUUACUUCAGCCGACCUUGUUUAUAACCGAUUCUUUUACUCUAAGCUCCAGCAAGUCGGAGAGGAAGAAGCAGGACUCGGAGUCGGAUAAGGAGAUGCAGGAUGGGGAAGAUAUUCUGGCGAAACCGCUCGUGACGAUUGAAGAUGUGAUACAUAUUAAGUCUGCCCCUUGGUGGACUCCAAUGGAUUUCAUGGCAAGAGUUGGAAGCGUUGCACGAGUCAAAUUGGAAGAACGGGAGAAGUUGGUAGAAGAGAGAGUCAAGAACAUGAAUCCUAGUGCCACAGAUUCAGUUCCUGAUCACUCCAAGUCGGAGAGGAAGAUUCAGGACUCGGGGAAGGAGAUGCAGGAUGGGAAAGAUAUUCCGGCGAAUCCGCUCGUGACGAUUGAAGAUGUGAUAGGUAUUAAGCCUGAACCUUGGUGGACUCCAAUGGAUUACAUGGCAACAGUUGCAAGCAUUGCAGGAUUCAAAUUGGAAGAACAGGAGAAGUUGGAAGAAGAAAGAGUAAAGAACAUGAGUCCUAAUUCCACAGAUUCAGUUCUUGAUCACUCCAAUGGCCAGAGGUUGAAGAUAAUGGAUGACUUGAACUUGAGUACUGUCUCGCGCCCUCUUGACGUAUCAAAGGGUGGCGAAAAUUUGAAGGAACAGAUGACUUCGGAGACGCCUGUAACGACAAACCCAGAGAGUUUUUCUCACUCUAAUGCCGAUAGGUACUUGAAAGUGAGGCCUCCCUGGGGCCCUCUUGACAUAUCAAGGGGUGAAAAUUUCAGAAAACAAAAGUCUUUAGAGAACGCUAUUACAACAUUACCAGAAUGUUCUCCUCUCUCCAAGGACAAGAGGAAGAUGAUAAUGGUUGAAACAGAGGAGUACUUCUUGGGUUGGAGUCCUUCCUCAGAAAAGAUUGCUAAGUCUUACCAGAUCUCUUCAAGGGUUGUAAAAAGAUUAAGAUUCAAAAACGAUGACGACGACGAUGAUGAUCACUCCAAGGCUACGGAGAAGAAGAACAGGAACAAGAUUGGUAGACCAAUGGUUCUUGAUCACGGUCCAAACCCACCACCCUCUUUGCCUAUUGAAUUCCGAGAACGUAUUCGAGACAUGGGUGGUUCGCCGGAGACAAUUGUAUUGGUGAUACAAAAGGCACUGUACUGGACUGAUGUAAACGACGCUCAGAAUUGA